GAAGAAGAUUAAUAACGUACAAUCGCCGUUUGUGGCGAAAGAAGAGUCCUUUUUGGGGUUGCGAGGAUAAGGUAUGAGCGGCGACGGCCACACCUCCGCUGCCGCCAUGGCGGCCCAGAUCUGCGACCAGAUCCGAUCCGUCUUCUCCUCCCCCCCUCCGCCCCUUCCACCAGCGCUCGACGUUCUGGUGGCUGAGGUCUCUGCCACCGCCGCCGCCAACGGGAGGGUCUUCGUUCACGGGGUGGGCCGCGAGGGGCUGAUGAUGAAGGCCCUCUGCAUGCGCCUCUUCCACCUCGGCCUCCCCGCCCACGUCGUCGGCGACGUCACCACCCCACCCAUCUCCCCCGGCGACCUCCUCCUCGCGUCCGCCGGCCCCGGCGGCUUCUCCACCGUUGACGCCAUCUGCGGCGUCGCCAAGUCGGCCGGCGCCCGUGUGGUCCUUCUCACCGCGCGCCCGGGCUCCGGGAGCGGCGCGAGCCGGUGCGCCGACGCCGUGGCCUACAUCCCUGCCCAGACCAUGGCGGACGAUGAGGAGGCGGGCGGUGGUCCGUCACAGGCGGUGAGGUUGCCGAUGGGGAGCUUGUACGAGGGGGCGAUGUACGUGCUGUUCGAGAUGGCGGUGCUGCGGCUGACGGAUGCACUGAAGCAGACUCCCGCCCAACUCCGGUCCCGUCACACCAACCUCGAGUAGUGGCAGCAGCAGCUAAGUGGAGAAGAACGUUUCGGUAAAAAAUAAAAAAAACGUUUCUGAUGAUGAUGUUUCAGGAAACGAAUGUUUUAUAAAACAUGUAGUCUCGAAGAACACCGUUGUAUUAUUGCCUGCAGCCCAAGAAAACACUAAAUCGCUGUCAUCUAUGAAUCGCUCUUUUAAUUA